AUGUCUGACGAUGCAUCUGUAGAAGAUGCCAAAUUGCCACAGGAUACUGUGGCAAAUACGUCUUCAGAGCUACCCAAAACAACUACAGACAAGCAUGGAAAUAUCACUGUCCUGGUUCCUCAGCCUACUGACGACCCGAGAGAUCCACUGAACUGGCCGCUACGGAAGAAAGUCACCAUCUUUGCGUCCGUUUGCCUAGCAGGUUUCGCAGCCCAGAUGUCACCCAACUCCAACAUGCUCACGUUCAUGGAGCAAGUUCCAACAUACCACAAGACUCCAACAGAUAUGCUGAAUUCCGUCGCGGCAGCUCUUGCAGGUUGGGUGGCGGGACCAUUCUUCCUUAUACCUUUAGUUGGAGUUAUCGGACGCAGUGCUGUCGUAUUUUGGAGUCUUGUUGGGAUUCUCAUCGGUCAGAUAUGGGGCGCUGAGAUGACCGAUCCUAACGACUAUGUUUCCUUUACCAUCUCCAGGCUAUUCACUGGCUUUUUCGGUGGCAUUCCAGCUAUCCUUGGUAGUGGGUACAUUAUUGACAUGUUUUUUCUGCAUCAACGGGGAAAAGCUUUUGCAGUAUUCGAGAUCUUGAUCAUAUUCGCGGUCGUAGGCGGCGGAACACUUGGUGGCUUUAUUGCUGAGAAUAAUCCUUGGAACUAUGCUUUCUGGUGGACGCUUGGUCCUGUUGGCGCAGCUAUUAUCCUCGUUUUCGUUUUUGUGGAAGAUACUUCUUAUAAUCGCGACUCAAACAAGCCAUCUCCAGUAACUCUACCAGAGGCAUGGCUUGUAAAUCGCGUGGCAACUUUUUUGCCUGGGUCCAGGACGCAACCAGCAGGCAAAGGCAAAGAAUUUGUACGCCGAGUUAUAAUCCCAUUCCAGAUCACAUUCGCACCAAUCACCCUGCUCAUGGGUACGUACAUCUUUAUUGCGCUUGGGCUUCCCAUCAUGCAAGCAUCCACUCUAGCUACGUAUCUGGAACCACCAGAGGAAGUUGGCGGGUAUGGCUUUUCAUCACUGCAAAUGGCGUUCUUCACCAUGACAGCCUGGGUGGGUAUUAUUUGCGCUCAGGUAUACGGCUACUUCUUCAAUGAUAAGAUACCCGUCUGGGUCGCACGAAAGAGAGGGGGAACGUGGCACCCGGAAUAUCGUCUUGCCAAUACGAUCCCUCCGUCGUUAUUGCUGCCCAUCGGAUUGGGUCUUUGGGGUGCUGGUUUGCAGUAUCAUUUACAUUUCAUGGUACUUGCACUCGCUUCCUUCAUAAUAUGGUUUGCUGCUCUUCUCGCCCUCCCUGUCUGCUACAACUACGUUGUUGAGUGCUUCCUGGACAAUCCCGUGGAAACAUCUGUCUCUUUGAACGCUUACCGAGUCACAUUUGGCCUCAUCUCGGUCUUUAUCGUAACACAAUGGCAGUCAGCGGUUGGGGUGGGUUGGAUGUGGGGGAUGGGCGCGUUUUUCAUUGUUUUCGUGGAUAUAAUCAUGAUUUGUCUCAUAUUCAAGGGCCAAGUUGUGCGAGGAUGGACACUAAUGCUUAGCAAGACCAUAGCCGUCACUGAGGACGGUGCCAAGAUCAGUUUGAAGGCUGAACAGGGCGAGCCUUAG